UGAUCAUCUGUGUCCAAUCACAGCUGAUCACAUGUAAACAGGGAAAUGCCGGUUAUCACGCUGACAGCUCCACUGAUGAUCAGUGUGCCCUGAUGAUCUGUGUAGCCCCAGCAGUGCCCAGCAGUCAGUGUCCAUAAGUGCCAGCUGUCAGUGCUCAUCCAUGCCACCUGCCAGUGCCCAUCAGUGCCACAUUUUAGUGCCUACCAGUGCACAUCAAUGCCACAUAUCAGUGCCCAUCUGAGCUGCCUUUCAGUGUCACCCUUCAGUGCCAGUCAGUGCCACCUAUCAAUGCCAGUCAGUGCCACAUAUCAGUGCUGCCAAUUAGUGCCACCUAUCAGUGCAAGUCAGUGCCGCCUAUCAGUGCCGCCUAACAGUGCCAGUCAGUGCCACCUAACAGUGCCAGUCAGUGUCGCCUAUCAGUGCCAGUCAGUGCCACCUAUCAGUGCCAUAUAUGAGUGCUGCAUUUCAGUGUUCAUCAGUGAUGCCUGUCAAUGCCCAUCAGUGCCACCUACCAGUGCCUCCUCAUCAGUGCCCAUCAGUGCCACCCAUCAGUGUCCAUCAGUGCAGCCUAUCAUUGCCCAUCACUACAGCCUCAUUAGCGCACAUCAGAAAAAAUCACUUAUUUACAAAAUUUUAUAACAAAAACUAAGAAAAAACAUGUUUUUUUUUGUCAUUCAAAAUGUGACAGCGCUU